AUGGUCGUUGUUGAAGCAAUUCUCACAUCAUAUCGUGCACUUGUCGCAUUUCUCCAUCGCAAUUUCCCAUCGAUUUCGUCACUUAUUUACGGACCUGCUGAACUAUGUCUCUUUCCACGCACUAUUUUCCUCUAUUUUUACGGGAUUUUUCUCGGUUACAUGCUGUGGCGGUACUUUUUGCUGCAACUUCCCUUCGUUACGGGUCACGCAACGCCCUUGACGAUCGCUGUGAUGACAACUUUUGGUGCUUUUGCGGCGACCUCGAGGACUUUUCGGUGCAUCACGAGUCUCUCGUUGGUGAAUUUGUGCGGAAAAAGUGGCAGAAGCGUGUUACGGGCGAUUGUCGUGGCCUUUUUAAUCGCUGGUCCAAUGACAAACUUGCUCACAAAUGCACGAGAAGUCGUAAAAGUCUUCACUUGUUCCGCCGUGUUGACUUACAACAUGACCAGAACUCGCAUUGACUUGAUGAGUCGACCUUUUAUGAACGCAAUGGAGGAAUUGGAAGAAGAUUUGCCGAAAAUUGCGACAGAUUUUGAGCGAAUUGACGAGAUUAUUGCACCGAUUGUCGAGGAAAUUGAAGGAAACGAGACAAAAAUCAGUCGGAGGGAUGCCGAAAGUGACGCUUAUGCCAAAAAAUAUGCGGAAAAGUUGGAAAAACGGUGUCAGGAGCAAAUACAAGUAGCUGUGGAUGGGUGCAAAAAGUCAUUCGCUGAUGCCUAUUUGCGAUGUGAAGCAGCGAUGCCCGUGGUAAUCAACUAUUUGCUGUGUCUCCCGAUGAAAAUGGACUUUUUCUGUCACUUUACUCGUCUCGUCGGGAAUAUUUGUGCGCCAGAAGUCGACAAACAGCUUGGAACGCAAUACCAGAAACUCAAAAAAAUGCAAAAUUCCUUGAAGGGCAAUGUUUCUGGGGUGUCCUUGAACUACACGACGCUCCAAAAUGAUGAAAUGAAGCCUUUUCUCGCAAUCAAGAAAGCAGGUCAAGAAGUCCUCACCGAAUUCGAUGAAAAACUGGAAAUCAUCCAAAAAGUUCUCGCCUUCAUCGAAAAACUCUUGGCUUAUGUCUUCAUUCGUGUCAUUUUCGAUGCUUACCUUUACCACAGACGAUUUUUAACGCGAAUUUCCUUCGACAACUUUUACAUCACGAAAUAUUUCAAAGAUUUGGAUGCUCGGCGUGACUUGCGGAAUCAACGAACGUUACUUCCGCUCCGAAAAUACGAGUCGCGGUACGUCAUUGAUCCUACGAAAGGCACAAAAUCCCGCCAUGAGUACAAAAAUUUGAUUGGCAGUGCUCUGACAACGACGAUGCAUGUCGCGGUGGCUUCCUGUUUUGUCAUUCUUGACUUUUUACUGACGGAAAUUCUGAAAAUUGUGAGGGAAAAUGCAAAAGUCGCGUAUAUUCAGACGGGAGAGCACGAAGUGAAUGUUACGGUGACAGGCGAAGGAGUAAUUGCGGAAAUGGUGAGAAAGACUUUGAGCAAAUUCAAUACGGAUGAGACGAUUGUGACUUUUUUGACGAAUGAUAAGUGUUUGCCGGUGGCGAAUGUGCUUCCAAUGAGCUUUUACAUUGAAAUUUACGGAGCCUACAUCGUAAUUGUUCUCUUAAUUCUCAACGAAAUCUACGUUCAUCGUCUCCGAUGGCUAAUUUGUGCUUCCGCAUAUCCAAGACGUCAAAAAUACCGCAUCCUCUUCUUGUACAACAAAAUUCUGAAAGAUCGUCGGAACUUUAUCUCUGUCAUGAAACACAAAUUACGCAGCAUCCAUUACGAAAAUGAGCCAAAAAGGACCUUCUUCUUCAAAAGUUCAAAGAAAAAAUGCGACAUUUGUCACGAAAAACCUGAAAAAAUCUUCGUGUGUCGCUGUAACGUCGGUUUUUGCGCGUUUUGUCUCCGAGAUGCGGGAAAUCAAUGCCUAAAAUGUGAGAUUUUCAUACAAAAUUAA